AUGGUAGCUGGUGUAAUACAGAAGAAGACUGUUUGGUUUGCUGAAGAUGGAGAUCUCACUCUUCAACUGUGUGAGAGAGAGAGUACAGGAAGUGGUCCAGCCCCGCCUCCGACCCUUGACCCCCAUGCCUGCUGCGCCCCGCCCCACGAAGAAGCCAAGUACAGAUUCACCUUCGUUAGUACAUGGACUCCACAGACCCAUCCAAGACAGUAUCCCACUGGAAACGGUAAUCAUUGGUCUGAUUUGAUCGGAGCUUCUCACGGUUCAGACUAUACUAUCUGGGAGUACGGUCAGUAUGCAUCAUAUGGCAUCAAGAUGGUCGCUGAGUGGGGCAGUCCGUAUAGACUGGAGAGAGAAAUCAAAGAAGAGGGAGACAAUGUCAAGACGGUGAUCUUCAGUCGAGGUCUGUUCCCUGCGUACGGUCCUAGACUACGUAACAUGACGUCCUACUUCAAGACCGAUUCCCAACGCAACCUUGUAUCAGCGGUCUCUAUGAUGGGUCCUAGCCCAGACUGGUGUGUCGGUAUCUCAAAGGAAAACUUGUGUACGGCAGACUGCGGCUGGGUCGAGAGAAAGGUUUUCUAUCUUCAGCCAUGGGACGCAGGCACGGACAGUGGAAUCAUGUACAAUUCCAGCAAUUCUCCCUUGGAUCCACCCGAUCCAAUCCGUCCAAUCACAAGCUCCGAUCCAGACAACCCAAGGGCGUCCUUCUAUAACCCCAACGGAGGUCCCAUCGGGUCCUUAGCAACAGUCGUCAUUGAGAGAGUAUCAAUCCGUAACCGUAGUAACACAGAGACAGAGCAUGGUACAGGAUCUCAAGGUGGAGUCCACGGAGGCAUGCCACCCAAGAAACCUAUGAUGGGUGGCAACCCCACAAUGCCACCAAAGGUCAUGGGACAACCUGACCCCACAAUGCCACCAAAGGUCAUGGGAGGUCAUGACCCCACAAUGCCACCAAAGGUCAUGGGAGGUCAUGACCUCACAAUGCCUCCGAAGGUCAUGGGACGACCUGACCUCACCAUGCCUCCAAAGGUCAUGGGAGGUCGUGACCCCACAAUGCCCUCAAAGGUCAUGGUUCAAGAACCUACAAUGCCCCCAAAACAGAUGGGAGUAAUUACCAUGCCACCAAAGACCAUUGAGAUUAUACCAGAAGGUGAUAUUCAAACCAUGCCUCCUAAAAGGAGAGGUAAAGUAGUAGACUGUAUGAUGACGGCCUGGGGUGAGUGGUCGGAGUGUUCUAAGUCUUGUGGGAAGGGUAAGAUGCUACGGCAGAGGAUGAUCAAGCAGAGACCUCGCAACGGAGGAGAGGAAUGCGGGCAAACCAAGGAGAGACAAUCAUGCAACGUGGCCAGAUGUACAUCGGUAGAUCGAGACUGUCGGAUGAGUGAAUGGGGGCCGUGGUCCGACUGCUCUGUAUCAUGCGGCGGUGAGAUGGGGAUUGAGUUCAGGAUGAGAGACGUCGCGAGGAGAGCGAGGGGUGAUGGCGCUCCCUGUGAUCCGUUGAAGGAGAUGCGUGCCUGCUCAGCCAAUCCCUGCUGAUGACUUGGGAACAUCCUUUUUAUAAUGAGAGACAUUUUGAUUUUCACACACAAAAAAUGACAGAGACGGGUAAUUCCAUAACAGCCGCAUUGGAAUCACAUAAUGAGGGGUCAGUGACACAAAGACGUAACUCCAUUUUGAGAAAAAGUGAUUUGAAGAUAGAGGUCCCUGCUGAUGACUCUGAUACAUCUUUUUUAUAAUGAGAGACAUUUUCACACCCCCCCCCC